UGGAGGCAGGCCGCCGGUGUUUGCAUGUAGCAGCUGCAGACUUCUACACUCAGAGCUCUGCAGAGGGGAGAGACCCUUACAGAGAAGGGGGAGACCCUCACACCAAGGCAUAGUGCCUGGAGAUCAGACACCUAAACACAAGAGGUCUGCAUAGUGAAAACCCAUCGGCAUAGGGGGGAGAAAGACACAGACCCCUGGUAUAGAAAGAGACCACCAAUUCUGGAUUGUACCGGCUGGCCUGUAUAGAAGAGAAGACCCCAAGCUGGACCUUGCAGAAGAGGGGAUAUUGUUGUGGUUGGUUUCGAAGGCAAUGUCACCGUAGACGUACUAAGUGGUAGAUGCUCCAACUGCAUUGGAAGGUAUGAGAACGUAAAGACCUCCGGAAUAAAAAGGAAGAGGGUCUCCUGGGCUGCGAAAACAUAGAUGCAACCCAGAUUUGAGCACAGAAGGCUGGAUCUGGGAAAAGGACCAUCUGAACAAGAGGGGAAUAGCGUGAGAGCAGUCAAGAAGGUCUAUUGUGACAUCAGAGAUCAGGCCUGACGGUGACCCCAAUCCAUAGGGACCAUCAGAGGUGACAGCCUUGAUCUGUCUAUGGCUCCGGUGCAAGGAUGUAAGAAAAUGACAGAGCCAUAGUAGGACUCAGCUGGGAGAUGACUAACACAAGUGGUCGUACCGCUGCCCUCAUAUUCAUAUUUGCUUUAGUCACCUUCCUCAUUAUUCUGAGCUCCAACAACAACGAGGAACCAUUCAACUACAAGGAGCUCAAGAUCAAGCAUCACAACCCACCAAACAUUAGAAAAUGGGGGAUACAAGAUGGCUACAUCUCAGUGUCUGGAAACAAGACUCUAGGUUCCAAGUGCAACAGUUGCAUCCUCGUUACCAGCUCCAGCCACCUUCUGAACACCGGCUUGGGCCCUAAGAUCGAUCAGGCAGAAUGCAUCAUCCGCAUGAACGAUGCUCCCACCACUGGCUAUGAAAAGGACGUGGGUAACAAGACAACCUUCCGGGUGGUUGCUCACUCUAGCGUGUACCGGGUGCUGCGAAGGCCACAGGAAUUCUUGAGCCGAGCUCCAAGGCAGGCGCUUAUUUUCUGGGGACCCCCGGUCAAGAUGCAGCAAAACAGCAAAGCCAACCUGUAUCACAUCAUCGAGAGAGCCAGCUCUGCUUUCCCCAACGUAUCAGCCUUCGUUUUGUCUCCUCUGAAUAUGAUGAGGUUUGACGAUUUGUUCCGGGCAGAGACUGGACGAGACCGGGAGAAGUCUCACUCCUGGCUCAGCACGGGCUGGUUUACAAUGGUGAUUGCGGUGGAGCUGUGUAAUAAUGUUCAUGUAUAUGGAAUGGUACCACCUAACUACUGCAGCAAGAGGCAGCACAAGAUGCCGUACCAUUACUACGAGCCCAGAGGUUCUGAUGAGUGUACCACUUACAUUCAGAAUGAACGUGGACGAAGAGGCAAUCACCACCGCUUCAUCACAGAGAAACUGGUGUUUGCGCGCUGGUCAUCUGUAUAUAACAUCUCUUUCUCGCACCCAGAGUGGUUCGAAGAUCCAGACAACUCAAACUAAAUCGUGAUUUUAAUGUCUUGUCUGUCCUUUUUCCACCUUCACUGGUCUCCUGUGUAUGGAAUAGAGUGCUCUCCAGCAUAAAGGUGAAUCUCAGACACAGGAAGUCCCGAGUGCCAGAACUGGUCUUUUCUGUAGGCCAGUUCACACUGUUUUGAUAUGGUUGUGCAGCAAAGGAUUCUGGGAGGUUGUAUGUGCUUCAGUUGACUUGGGCACUGCAUUAGAUGGACAAACCAGUCACAGUGGGCCUCGUGAUCGGGACUGUUGCAAAGGAGUGAUGUCUCGGUUGGUCCUAGCAACCUGUUAGCUUCUUCUUUACUUCUUUCCAGGUUAAAUCAGAAGAUAAAAGAAGUUGAUUGGUUGCAGCUGGUAACAAUUAAUUGUUUCAGAAAAUA